GCGGCAGUUAGGCGGUUUCGCUUUACGGUCGCCGAGCGAUGAGCGUGUACGACCUGUUCCGGGGCUUUUUCGGCUUCCGCGGGGAGCGCAGAGCUCGAGACCCCUUCUUUGGGGGGAUCACCCGGGAUGACGACGAGGACGACGAUGAAGACGACGAAGGCCCUUCCUUUGGGGCCAGGCCCUCCGAUGACUUCGGCUUUGGCUUCACUUUUGCCCCUGGAGGGAUGCAUUUCCACGAGAACUUCGGCUUCGAUGAGCUCUUCCGUGACUUUAACAACCUGUUCAACGAGAUGGGCUCCUGGACCCUUCCCCCCCAGCCCUUUGAGUUCCCUGGCAUGGAGGCGCCACCCUCUGCCAACCACUCUCGUGAAAAGAGACAAACACUGCGGGACUCAAUGCUCAAGUACCCAGACAGCCAUCGGCCCAGCCAAUCACCGGAAGAUGGUUUGGGUCCUACAGUUCCAGAAAGACGGCCUUGGCGCCCGUUCCAGGGGCUGGAAGAGAGAGGGCCAGCACCUUCCAACACAGACAGCACCCCUAAGGAAGACAAAGAUCUGGACUCGCGCGUCACAUCCGAAGGGCUCGAGACAAUUCUCCCACCAGCUCAGCCUCGAACUUAUUUCAAAAGCAUCUCGGUCACCAAAGUGAUGACUCCAGAUGGGACUGUAGAAGAAUGCCGGACAGUUCGAGACAGCCAGGGCCACGAAGAGACAGUCGUCACCCGCCAGAGCAGAGGGGAACCUUACCACGGUCUUGAUGGUAGCCAGCAGGGAAGGGCAGGUGACCUGGCACGUCCAGGAGAGGAUAUGGGUGAUUCCUCGUCCAUCCUGAAUGCCUUCUUCCACCGUUGGUUCCAGGGCCGUUAGUUUAUCCUGCAUCUUUAAUUCAUUCCUCAUGAACCAUGUGGCUGAAGUAUCUUCUUGGACGCACUCAGCAUGCAUUAGAUUGGGUUGAACACCAUUCAAGUGUGUCGAAAUGCAUGUCGUCACUCACUCUGAAUCUGACAGCAGAGAUUGCAAUUCCUUUAGCCAGAAUGGCUUUUCCAGUUAAGGAAAGAAGUCAUCUCUGCUGAGACCUUGUCUGUUAUCAAUCAUGCCAUGAAACGAGGGAGAUCAGUGCGGUAUUCCGUGCUUUGUCCAACAUUUAGGCACUGUGCAGAGAAGUAAAAGGAAACGUGUCUGUGGGAUUGUUUUCUCUCUCUCAUAGCCUAUGCUGUUUUAUAGGUUUGCAUGGGGCUUCUUCCUUGGCCCCCGGAGAUAAACUUCAACUGUUCCUUCCCACCGCUUCUUGGAUGCUGCUUGCUUCCUAUGUGGCUUGGGCGCCUUCCUGCCCUUCUGUCUUCUGAGAAGGCCUCACAGUCCAGAAAUAUACAAUAAAGUCUCUAUUUAUGCUU